AUGAAUUUUGCAACAUGGAACGUGAGAGGAGUGAAUGAGAAGGAGGUGGAGCUGAUGCAAGAGUUGAAACAGCAUAAGAUACACCUGGCUGUGAUAACGGAGACUAAGAAGAAGCUGAAGGGAACAAAAGAUUGGGGAGAGUUCAUUGAAAUUUGGAGUGGAGUAGACCAAAAUAGGAGAGCUAGCGCUGGAGUGAUGGUCUUGGUUGAUCAGAGAUGGAAAAAUAGAAUAGAGAGUUACUCCUUUGUUAGUGAAAGAAUAAUAAGGGUCCGAUUCAAGAUGGACAGAGGUUACUUGACUUUAUUUGGCACAUAUGCUCCUGAAGAAGGAAAAAAAGAGGCUACGAUAGAAUUCUAUGAAGAAUUACAGAAACAGUUGACCGCAUGCAACAAAGCAGACUAUGUGAUUGUAGCUGGAGAUUUGAAUGCUCGAGUAGGAAACCAGCCGAUUCCACAGGUGGUAGGAACAUUUGGGGAAUAUCACCUGAAUGAGAAUGGUAGACAGUUGCGAGACUUUUGCACAUACAAUGAGCUGAAGAUCACAAAUACAUUCUUUAGAAAAAAGACAUACACAAAUAUACCUGGACAGGGAGAGGAUACAGAUCUCUGA